AUGUGUGCGGAAGAUGUUGAGAAGCUUGUGAAUAACCGACUUCGAGACUUAAAGAUUGGUGGAAAUUUCGAAGAUGCACUACGUGUUGAGGUAGACCGAGCAAACUCAUCACCUUUCACCAUCGAAAUUGAGCAGGCUGCUCCCCCGAAACGAUUCUCAACGCCCUUUUUUACAUGCUUCAAAGGCGAUUCCGAUUCCGAUCCCGAAAGCCAUCUGAAGCAUUUUAAGAGCCUUAUGAUCCUCUACAAAGCCGAAGACGCGCUAAUGUGCAAGGUGUUUGCAAUGACUUUGCAAGGAGUAGCUCAGGACUGGUUCCACACCCUGCCAUCCGGGUCGAUCAACAGCUUCAAGGAGCUUGCUUAUGUCUUCACUAAAGAAUACACUUCUUAUCGGUCAAUCAAGAAGAAUCCUGACCAUCUGUUUAACCUGCACAAAAAAUCCAAUGAAUCCCUGCGAGACUACAUCAAGAGGUUCAAGGCGGAGAGGGCAAACAUUGUAGCAUGUGAUGACCAAAUUGCGUUCUCUGCCUUCAAAAGGGGGUUGCCAACUGAAUGUGAGCUGUAUCGCGAGCUGACCAUCUAUCCUCGCCAAACACUGGUAGAAGUCUUCGCUAUAGCAGAGCGCUACGCAUUAUGGGACGACGACCAGAUCGCCACGAAGAAGGCUGAUCAAGUAGCUGAGCAGGCAAGCCAAAAGAACGGCAAGCGCAGAUCACAGCCUCAGGAAGGUGCUUCAGCAGCGGAGAGCUACACCAAGUUCACUAUCCCGAUAUACCAGAUCUUGACCCAAGUAAAAGACAUGCCUUGGUUGAAGAAACCAUCUCCUUUAAAGGGAAACCCAACCAAGAAGGAUACUAGUAGAUACUGCACAUUUCAUGAAGGGCAUGGUCAUUACACAAACGAUUGCUUUGCCUGGAAAAGGCACCUUGAAGAUCUAGUCAGAGACGGCCAUUGCACGGAAUUUAUCGCAAUGAGGGUUAUCCAGCAAAUCAAGGAUUGUGACGUAGCUAACGAUGAACCUCCACGAAAAAAGUCAUAUGGAUCAACACGAUCCUAG